UCUGUCGCUCAUUUGUGAGCCCACUCAUAAGUGGGAAUUUGGAUCGCUUCUGUCCGUAUUCCUCGGCUGCUUUAUUUUCCCAACUGUACUUUCCACUCCUUCAAAGCAGUCACGCUCUUACUGAACAUGUGCUGUUUUGUCAGGCCUUCUUGUGCAGUAUGACCGAGGUUUUUAAAAUGAGAAUGCUCCAUGAAUGCUGCAACGGCAUUUAAAUAGCACAGUAAAUUCACAUUUUUAAUAGUUCGCUGUAAAUUUAUGAACUGCCUAACAUAAAUUGUAUGUUUCUUACGAUAUUUUGUAAGAAUUCUAAGAAAGAAACUUUUUAAAGUAUCUUGUGUUUGAUAGGCUAAGGUUGCUCUCUUAUUUUGAGGUUUGGGGUGUUUCUUUUAAGAUAUCCCUACGGUCAUUUUGGAAGUAAAGCAAAAACCAUGGGAGAUAAAAAUCAUGAGAGUGGGAGAUCAAAUUUUUGGUUUUAGGAAUUAUGCUUUUAAUUGAAAGUCAUCUGCCCUUUUAUAAUGUGUCAAAAAUGGGCAAGAAGAAUUAAACUGUGAAAUAUGUAGCUGACACCUUCCCACAUGAGACUUUAUGUGAAAUACCAGAUGGUGAAAGAAAGGCAGGAAUUUCUGGUUGUCUUAAACGCACCAAUACAGAUGAGGUGAAGAGAAUGCAGCAGCAGCAGCCACUCCCUUCCUCCUCAUCUUCCCUUGCAAGCUGGGCUCCUCUGCCCACUUGAAGACCCUGACAGUUGUUUCUAGUGCGAAAUACGGAGUAUGUAGAAUUUUCUUAAGGAAAGAUUUGCUUUGAUGUUUGAUCUUUGUGUACGGUCAAGCCUCUUCAGCGAGAAAGGAGAUUUAAUCCAUGAUACAGAGAGCGGCCAACAAGCUCUAAGUAAUGUCCAGGUGUUAGAAAAACUGAUUACUUGUGGGUAAAAUUGCCUUCUUAAGCUUAUGAAGACAUACUUCAGUGAUCUCUGUACCUAACGGCUGGCUAACAAAGCCUGGGAAAAUGGGUGUACCACUUAAAGUGGACACAGAAAAUCUAUAAUUUAGAGGCUACAGGGACAUGCAGCAGAAACCCCCAAAUAAGGAAGAAACUAAUAAAGCAAGCUUGGCAAUGUUGUUGGAAUUGGCUGGGUAACAGGUAAUUCUUCUGCCUGGGGAAGAUUGCAAUGACCCGCCUAAGAAACUUGCUGAUCCAAAAGAAGAGAGAGGCUGGGUAUGUGGACUAAUUAGCACGGGAAGCAAGAAAACCAUUAACCAGUAGAAGAGAGAAUACUGAUUAAUUAGAGAACUAUGUUAUUUGUAACCAAUGAACACAAAUCCUUUUGCUUGCUAAAAUGUAUAAUUAGCAAAAAGUUUUUGUAGGUGGUUCUUGAUUUGUGGAAUUGCACUGGGCACCCAGGUUUGUGCAACUCUGAAAUAAAUAAUGUGUCACCUCGAGUGUGUAGUUAUUGCCUCGUUGCACACUAGGUAACGAAUCUGACUUUUGUGGGCAGCCUUUCUGUGGUUGGCAACAUAGCAGUAGCAGGUAGGGCUGGACUUCCCUAAGUAGUUGCUUCUGCUCUACUUACUUAAUUCUCUUGGUAAAACUUCUUCAUGGGUGACUUUUUUCUGAGAGACAAGAAGGAGUGUGUUUUGUGGCGUUAACAGGAACUCCAUAAUUGUUUUUUCUGCAGCAUUUUAAGUGUAAGCCGCAUUAGUGUGGUAGUUGAAAAUGAGCAUUGCUUCAUGGAUCUGAAGUAAUUUUGCCUGGAGGUAAUUUGUGAAGUGCUUUCGUUGAAGCACUUGGAUGUUCUCCUGAGGUUCUUCUGCAUAUGCAGUAGACUACUGUCUGCAUCUCAUCUACAAGCACCAAGUUCUGCUAAACCUCUCCAGACCAGGCCUUUUGCCAUGGAAGCUGAGGAAACGAUGGAAUGUAUCCAGGAAUUCCCUGAACACUAUAAAGUUAUUUUGGAUAGACUGAAUGAACAACGUGAGCAGGACCAGUUUACAGAUAUCACUCUGAUCGUCGAUGGUCAUCAUUUUAAAGCUCAUAAGGCAGUUCUUGCUGCUUGUAGCCAGUUCUUCCACAAAUUCUUCCAAGAUUUCACUCAGGAGCCUUUGGUGGAGAUUGAAGGUGUAAGUAACAUGGCAUUUCGUCACUUAAUUGAGUUCACCUAUACAGCAAAGCUAAUGGUACAAGGUGAGGAAGAAGCAAAUGAUGUUUGGAAAGCUGCAGAGUAUCUACAGAUGCUAGAAGCAAUCAAAGCACUUGAAAUCAGGAACAAAGAAAAUUCAUCACCCUUAGAAUCAAAUGAAGCACAAGGUAAAAAUAAACCAAAAAAGAGGAAGAUUGCUGAAACCUCUAAUGUUAUCACAGAAACACUGCCAUCUGCAGAAUCAGAGCCUGUUGAAAUUGAGGUUGAGAUUGCUGAAGGGACGAUGAAAGUGGAGGAUGACAGCAUUGAAACCCUUGAAGAAGUAGCUUCUGCAGAGCAAUCUAUAAAGUACAUACAGACAGGUACAUCAGAUGAAUCUGCUUUGGCUCUUUUGGCAGAUAUCACCAGCAAGUAUCGUCAGGGAGAGAGAAAAUGCCAGAUGCAAGAAGAAGGUGAUAGUGCAACUGACCCCUCGUGCAAACAGGUAGAAGGUAUUGAAAUUGUGGAACUUCAGCUGUCACACAUGAACAAUUUAUUCCACUGUGAGAAAUGUAACCGUUCAUUUAAAUUGUUUUACCAUUUUAAGGAACACAUGAAAACACAUUCUACUGAGAAUUACAAAUGUGACAUAUGCAAUAAAAGAUACCUACGAGAGAGUGCUUUGAAACAGCACCUCACCUGUUACCACCUUGAUGAAGGUGGUGCCAGCAAGAAGCAAAGACCUGGCAAGAAAAUACAUGUAUGCCAGUAUUGUGACAAGCAGUUUGACCAUUUUGGGCAUUUUAAAGAGCACCUUCGGAAGCAUACAGGUGAAAAACCCUUUGAAUGUCCAAACUGCCAUGAACGUUUUGCUCGGAAUAGCACACUGAAAUGUCACCUGACAGCCUGUCAGUCUGGAGCAGGUGCUAAAAAGGGAAGAAAGAAGCUGUAUGAAUGUCAGGUUUGUAACAGCGUGUUUAACAGCUGGGAUCAGUUCAAAGACCACUUGGUAAUACACACUGGUGACAAACCCAACCACUGUACCUUAUGUGAUCUGUGGUUUAUGCAAGGCAGUGAGCUGAGAAGGCAUCUCAAAGAAAUGCACAAUGUUUCAGAACUACUAGUGACAGAAGAGGUUCUUCCAGUGGAAGCUAUGGAAGCUGAACCAGUAACAUCAAUGACAAUAAUAGAACAAGUUGAGCAAGUGCAUGUCCUCCCAGUAAUUCAGGUACAAGUGGAUCCUGCACAGGUAACUGUGGAACAGAUGCACCAGGAUCUCAUACAGGACAAUCAAGUGAAAGGCACACAGAUGGAGGAACUACAGGAACAGGUGCAGAUUAGUUACUUGGAAGUUGAACACAUUCAGACUGAACAAGGUGCUGAAGUUCAUGUGGAGCAGUUACAUGUUGAGCAUGUAAAUCAAAUACAGAUGGAAGAAGUACAAGCAGAACUUAUAGAUGGAACAGACCUUGAACAAGUAGAAUAUCGAAGUGAUGAUCAAGGAGAAGCAGAAGAAAAGGAUCAUAAUCAAGCGGAUGAUGCAGAUAAGGAACAUCAUGAGCAAGCUGAAGACUUAAAAACACAACAAUUAGUGGAUACACAAAAUGCAAAAGUGGAUGAGUAGGACACAUAAUGACACUGCAGUUUUAGGAAUGAAAUACCAAAUUAUUUUUGUUAACUUUUACAUUGGUUUUUGAACCGUCACUGGUCAUCUUUCCAAUAUGCUGUCCAUAGGGAGCUGGACAAGUGGACCAAAAUUAGCUUUCUUCAUGUACAAUUAAACUUCUCUCAUAUGUGAAAAAUACUUCCCCAUUCAUGUAGUGCCAUGAAACAGAAACCACCACAAGACAUGGACAACUUUGUGAGAUUUUUUAGCAAUGCAUAGCUUGUAUCAUUGUAUCAUUACACCAUUCCUGGGCAUAUGUAAAAGUAAUUUCACCUCUUCUCUUGCAGUAGAAGCAAAGUCUUGUAUAAAUUUGCAGGAUGUCUGCAGCAGGAGAGUCAGUAAAAUCUGAGGGGUUCUGCUGUAAGCGGCAAUUACAUACCUAUGAAUUUUUGGAUCUUAACUUUCAGGCUGGGCUAAAAGCACUGUUGCUGGAGGUCUCUGAGCACAAAAGUCCUGUGCCUUUUCAACACUGAGUGGUUAAAUUUCCACAAAGUUUCUAGAGUUUUUGAGAACUUAGUUCUGUGAAAGGCAGUGUAGGUAAUGUUUUAGUGCUUUAUAUUUUUGCUUGAAUUUGCCGGUUACUGAUUUUCUUUUUGCAUUAAAUUUAGAGGCAGGGGGCUGAGGGAGGGAACAGACUUCACUUGGAGACAGCUGGACACACUAAAUGGGACACUUAAAAAUAGGAAGAGCUUGGUAAAGUUUGUGAUAAACAUGAUUUGGAAGAAAGCUAUAAGCAGGCUCUUCUUUUAUAAAUAAUCAUUUUUGGAAAUGAAUAUGUUUAAACGUAAACAUAGAGACUUGUCUAUAUGGUAUCAGGUUCUUGGGUUUUUUCGAAAUUAAAUUCUGACACUUGACAAAAAGAUGUGCUAAACAUAAAAGUAAAAGCCAUAGGUAUGAGUGCUAAACUGUGGAUUGAAAAGUAGAAGUGUAAAUAGUUUAAUCAAUAUUAGAAAAUAAAAUAAUACCAACCAUUAAAUGUUGCAUUAUUUGUUUCAUCCAAUAUUUUAGAAACAACUGAAUGACUGGCAAUUAAGUGCCAAGUUCCAGUGUUAAUGAUCAAUCUCAUUUUUAAUAUGAUUAAUAGCUUUUUACUGUAAAGUUAGAUUCUUUUAGAAAAUGACUUGUUUGGUCAAGGAUGUUAAGAAUGUCUUAAUUACUGCUGAGGUUAGAGGUGCUCCAAACUCCUGAAGAAACUUUAUUUUCAAAGCCUUAAAUUACGGGAAGAAUUUUUGCAAGGACAGUCCCUACUGCUCUUGGUAAUACAACAGAUCUUAGUUAAAAUCAGGCUUUUCUAUUCCAUCUUCAAAUGCUGAACUGUUUCCUGGUAUUAGUGCUUUUAUUUAGUUUCAUUCAAUAUUAUUGUGUUUCAUCAUAGCCUUUAAGAAACUGUUGCAAAAGAAACAUGGAUUGCAAUUAAAAUUUCAAACAAUUUGAUUAAUGUAA